AUGUCCUCCGCUUUAAGGCAGAGCACUCCUGAGCAAGUGAACAUUAACAUGACCAGAUCAAGGAAAACCCUAUCCCCGUUGCAGCUCGAGCACAAGCGGGCUCACGAUCGUGAAGCUCAGAGAGCUAACCGCAGGAGAGUCAAGGAAAGAAUUGCUCGACUGGAGCAAGAACUAGAGGAGAAGCGGGGUCAGUUAGGGUCUAACAGGGUCUAUCAAGAGCUCCUCCGACGAAACCGACUUCUUGAGGAGGAGGUAGCGAGGCUCAAGAGCACUCUUACUACCUCCUCAGGAGCGGGGUUUUCACCUCCAGGCUCAUCUUCGGGCUCUGUUCCAGAAGGAGGUGGAUUCGACUACGAUAGCUCAACAGACUAUUCACCCAACGACAUGUAUCGCUAUCUCAUUCCACACUUCGACUUCCCUAGUAUGACAACCCAACUUCAACGUUGCGACGCCGUAAUGGCCAAAGGUAACCAUUCACUACCUACCACCCUGGAUGGCAUCGAUGUCGGCAGUCCGACAGCCCUCUACAAGUCCUCUUCUAUUACCUGUCAUACACCAGAGACUGCGAGCACCAACAUCUUCCAUCACGUCGACAACUGCGCGAUUCCCGCCUAUGGUGUGGAUACCCCGACGGCCAAACUCGACGGUUUACAGAACGGAAUGCAUGUCAGAAGUGGACUAUGGAAUAAUACGAGGCGACAUCACGAUGAGGGUCGCAGCGACAGUCGUUGUGGACUCCAAGCGCAAGUUGUUGCUGGCGGUUGGGAUAGCAAUCCAACUCACAAAAUGAAUAUGCGGUCCUACCAAGGUGAAGCGUGCUUUUUGGCGAGUUCACCUACAUGGCAGCAUUUUCCAGCGUACUAUACCGGAUACGACAUGAACAGCCACUGA